UUGCUUAAAAGAACGACGAAGGGGUUUUAAAGUUUGCUGGUGUCUGCCCGGCUGGGAGGCAGUUUGGUGAAGCGCUGGGUCUCCCCUGGCCCGCAGCCGGCGGUGCGUGGCCUCAGAGCGGGCUGCGCUCCGCGGCGGGACCCGCAACGCUCCCGCUGGGCUUCACCUUCAAGAGAAACCAAACGGGGAGGGAAAAAAACCCCAGAAAACAACCGAAAAACUGCCCCUGAAGUGUUUGUAAGCUCAAAGGCGCUGACUCUGGAGUUAUAGGUGGAGUCUCCCUUGCUUUGAGAAGCAGAAUGGUUGUCUCACAGCUCUGUUUUGAGGAGGUGGCAUAGAAGGUCUGCCACUUCACUUUCCCCAAGGUGUGUAGUAAAAAUGGUGCAGAAAUACCAGUCUCCAGUUCGCGUCUACAAAUACCCCUUUGAGCUCGUCAUGGCAGCAUAUGAAAAGCGCUUUCCUACAUGUCCAGAGAUCCCAGUCUUCCUGGGGAGUGAGAUCCUGCACGAGUCCAGGAGUGAUGACGGGGCCAUACACAUCAUUGAGCGGAGCUGCAAGCUGAACGUGGAUGCUCCUAGGCUGCUGAAGAAGAUUGCAGGGGUCGAGUAUGUUUUUUUCAUCCAGAAGAACACAGUGAACUGGAAAGAGCGAACCCUCCGCAUCGAAGCCCACAAUGAGACUUUUGCCAACCGGGUUGUGGUCCUGGAGACCUGCAGCUACUCAGUUCACCCUGAGAAUGAGGAGUGGACUUGCUUUGAACAGUCUGCAUCUCUUGACAUCAAGUCAUUUUUUGGCUUUGAAAGCACAGUGGAAAAAAUUGCCAUGAAGCAGUACACCUCAAACAUCAAGCGGGGCAAGGAAGUGAUUGAACACUAUCUGAAGGAGCUGAUCUCCCAAGGGAUCACGUUCAUCCCCCGCUGGACCCCUCCCCCAGCCUGUGGGCAGAAGGAUGAGCAGGUCCGGGCUGUUGGAGGUGCUGCUGCUGCCCUCCCGCUGGAGUCUGGGGCUGCUGGAACUACCAAAGAGCAAAGUGACAGCUCCUGCCCUGAGGCAGAAGCUGUCAGCCCUGAUGCUGACAAAUUGGAUGCUGAUUACAUCGAGCGGUAUCUGGGCCAGCUGACUCCCAUGCAGGAGAGCUGCUUGAUCCGCCUUCGCCAGUGGCUUCAGGAGACACACAAAGGCAAGAUCCCCAAGGAUGAACAUAUCCUUCGAUUUCUGCGGGCUCGUGACUUCAAUAUUGACAAAGCUCGAGAAAUGCUCUGCCAGUCCCUGUCCUGGAGGAAGCAGUACCAGGUGGAUUGCAUCCUGCAGUCGUGGAGGCCCCCUGCCCUCCUGGAUGAGUACUACACGGGAGGAUGGCAUUAUCAAGACAAAGAUGGACGCCCACUCUACAUCCUUCGUCUUGGCCAGAUGGACACAAAAGGUUUGGUGAAAGCCCUGGGAGAGGAAUCACUGCUGAGACAUGUUCUGUCAAUUAAUGAGGAAGGACAAAAGAGGUGUGAGGAAAAUACCAACGUCUUUGGCCGCCCCAUCACAUCCUGGACGUGUCUGGUGGAUUUGGAAGGGCUGAACAUGCGCCACCUCUGGCGGCCUGGAGUCAAGGCCCUGCUGCGGAUCAUUGAGGUUGUGGAGGACAACUACCCUGAAACCCUGGGGAGGCUGUUGAUAGUGCGAGCACCCAGGGUGUUCCCUGUGCUCUGGACUCUGGUCAGUCCCUUUAUCAAUGAGAACACAAGGCAGAAAUUCCUCAUUUACAGUGGGAAUAACUACCAGGGUGCAGGAGGGUUGGUAGACUACGUAGACAAAGACGUGAUCCCGGACUUCCUGGGAGGAGACUGCAUGUGCACUGUCCCAGAAGGUGGACUCGUUCCCAAGUCACUUUACCAAACAGAAGAAGAGACAGAGAACUCAGAUCACAUCCGGUUAUGGACAGAAACCAUCUACCAUUCUGCCAGUGUCCUCAAAGGAGCUCCACAUGAGAUAGUUGUGGAGAUUCUGGAAGGGGAAUCUGUCAUCACCUGGGACUUCGACAUCCUGAAGGGAGAUGUGUUGUUCAGCCUCUUCCACUCCAAGCGAGCUCCUGAAACGAGUCACAAAGAAGCCCCAUCACCAAGUCCCUGUGCUGCUGAGGACAACACACAGCUGAUUGACAGGACCUGGGUCCUUGGGGUGGACUACAGCAGGGUGGAAUCUCCACUGGUUUGCCGGGAAGGAGAGAGCAUCCAGGGAUCUCAUGUGACUCGCUGGCCUGGCUUCUAUGUUCUCCAGUGGAAAAUGCACAGCCCUGUGCCCUCCUCUGGCACGAGCCUCCCUCGGGUGGAUGAUGUUCUUGCCUCUCUGCAAGUUUCCAGUCAGAAGUGCAAGCUUAUUUACUACUACGAGGUGCUGGCCUCCAAGGACUUCAGGGGAUCCAUGUCAAGCCUGGAAUCCUGCAACAGCGGCUUUUCCCAGCUGAGUGGGGCCACAACAUCUUCCAGCCAGUCCCAGAGCAGCUCCCAUCUUUCUAGAUAGCAGGGCCAAGGCUGUUCCAGCAAGGAAAGAUCUCUCUGGGCUUCCUGGCUGCCCCAGAGCUGCUCUGUGCACCCAACCAAAGAGCCUGCAGGGGCUGAGCCUUGAGGCACAACGUGUGACCAGAUGGACAGAGAGAGGCUUCUGGGAGCUAUUGAAAUCAUCCAGACUCAGAAUUCCAAGGGCAAAUUUAGACAUUGGAUGUCAGAUGCCUACUUCUCAGUGGUCUUUUUCACGAGUUGUGUGUUUUGGAUGAAUGUCAGUUUGCAUGGAUCACUCAACUUCAAAGGGCUCUUUCCAGUCAUUCCUUUUCCUACGUGGGACAGAGGAGACUGAUGUUGCCUUACCUGAUGGAUCUGCAGGACUGGAUUCUUCAUGUGUAGCAAAACCAGUCUGGUUUUCUAGGUGCCCAGGGUGCCAGUUUACACAUCAGAAAGUGAAGUGGGCUCUUCAGGUGCAGGGACUUGAAGCAAACUGUGUAAACACAUUAACACAGGUGGGAUGUUUCAGAAAAGCAGUUCUAGGUCAAACCUAAAAGCUCUUCUCAUCCCAGGGGAUGCUAGUAAGAAAUGUCUUGUUUUUUUUUUAACCUGCUGAGAUAGAAGAAUCCAAAUGAUUUACUGGAAAGUGGAGGCAGAGAACCUGCCUCCAGUGAGCAGCAUCUUUCUCAAAGAUAAACCAUGUUUCCUUUUUCCUCAGGUUUACAAGCAAUAAUGAGUAGAUCUGACCCAUCAAAGUGGAUGGGAACUGAAUCCAGUUCUAAAGGGCUAAGAAAAGCAAUAUUUUCUUUCCUAAAGGCACAAGAUUUUAUGGCAGUAUUACAGAACUUGCUGCUUUCAAACAUGAGCUGACUUGAAGAGAAAACUUUAAAAAAUAGCAUGUAUGUAUUUAAGCAUUUACUGAAAUGUAUUUAUUCAAAUACUAGCUUAUUUAAAGUUAAUUUUUAACUUAUUUAUAAUUUCAGAAAUGGUCUAUUUAUUAAAUCCAGUCACCUUUUUUAAUGGGAUGAA